GAAAGAGCUCCAUGAUUCCCCAAUUCCUUCUAGAAGAAAACCUGGAGCCCAUUAUGUGCACACAGCCUCGGAGGUUUGCGGUGGUAGCCAUUGCUCAAAGGGUGGCUCAUUCUCGCAAGUCGAUGCUAGGACAAGAAGUUGGAUAUCAUAUAGGCCACCCAAAUAUGAAGAAUCUCACCUCAACAAGGUCAAAAAUUGUUUUCAAAACAGCUGGUGUUAUGCUAGAGCAAAUUCGUCAACACGGCAUUGCUGCAUUGCAAUAUAAGGUUAUUAUUCUUGAUGAAAUUCAUGAACGGUCUGUGGAAUCUGAUCUUGUCCUUGCUAUUAUCAAGCAGUUUAUGAUGGAAAAGAGUGACUUCAAGCUGGUUUUGAUGUCUGCCACUGUUGAUAGCACACGAUAUGUUGAUUACUUUAAAGAUAUUGGAAAGGUUGAACUGAUUACCAUCCCGAGCAUCCCAUGCACUAACACGUUCCAGAGAGAAGUCCAUUAUCUUGAGCAGAUUGAUAACAUGCUGAAGAUGGAUUCUGAAUCACUGUCGACAAAGUAUUGUGUUGGAGAACAUUUUAAAACAGAUGCUGUUCUUAGUCCUGACGUGUAUCAUCUUAUCCACACGUUAUUGUUGCACAUACACCAAAGUGAACCAGAUACUGAAAGGAGUAUUUUGGUUUUUGUUCCUACAUACCAUGCAUUGGAGGAGCAGUGGGCUCGGUUGUCUGGUUGUUCAACUUUGAAAGUACAUAUUCUUCAUCGCAGCAUUGACACAGAUGAAGCUUUGGAAACUAUGAAGGCCUCAGAGUCUUGCCGAAAGCAACUUGUGUAUUCCAAUGUUCUUUAA